CAACAUUUGUUAUCCUUUCUCAAUCCUAAACUUUUGUCACAUAAUAUUGAAAUGAUUUCUUAUCUAUAUUUGCGCACAUUUAUCAACAGUAUUUUCAUUGCGAAAUUUACUGUUUUGCAAAAAAGGUGUUUAUUUUCCCCAAUAUAAGAACGAAUCGAUAAACAGCAAAAUCAAUUGCUCCAGGAGUUGUUAAUCCAUUAAAUUUGCGCCAAGAUGACAAUUUUCUGAACAGAAGUAAUUCGGAAGAAUUAACGUAUGCUUUAUCUUUUAUCUCUUUGAAUUGCAUUAAAAAUUAUGUAAUUUCAAAUUCAGGUCUUUUGUUAUUUUUUAAUCAAAUUUUAAUUAUUUUUAUAUAUAUUUUCAUUGUAAAGAUUCAGUAAUUUUUCAUGUCGUCUAGUUUUUUUUUUAAAUUUUUUUUUAUAUGAAAAUUAUUGAUAGCAAAUUCUAAAGUCCCAAUCAGAAAAAACACAUCGAAAAAAAAACUAUCAUUACGACUGAUAACAAAGAGUACUUUUGCAGUCAUUGAUAACAUGAAUCCUUUUACAAAACUGACUGAUAACUAUGCGAGCAUGUGAAAGAGAGUUUGGAAUCUGACAGAUAUGAACGUCUGCAAGUAAAAAAAAUAAUUCCUUGAAUUUUUUUUUAUUGUAAUUUGAAUAAUGAAUUGCUUCAAAAUACAGAGAACUCUGAGAAGUUUAUUACAAUUGCAGUGCUCACAUAUAAGAUUUCUUAGCUACAUCCGAGAGAAACUCAAGGAGAGUUAUACUUUUAAACCCGGAGACAUUCCACUUUCAAGUUCAACUAUAUCUCAAAUUUUAGAUGAAGCUGCUGACAGCAAUGGAGAUGCAAUAGCAUUUAUUUCUGAUCACCAAGGGAUAAAGAAAAAUUUUACAGAUUUUAGAAACGAAGUUGACAGAUUGGCAUCAGGAUUUGUUUCACUUGGGUUGAAGAAAGGAGAUAGAAUCGGCUUAUACAGUCCCAACUGCUACGAAUGGCCUUUAACCCAAUAUGCUGCAGCUAAAGCAGGUUUAAUAUUAGUGACUAUAAACCCUGCCUACCAACCAAGUGAAUUAGAAUACUGCUUGAAAAAAGUUGGUUGCAAGGCUCUCGUGACAUGGGAUAGCUUCAAAACACAAAAUUUUUACGAUAUAUUGUGUGGGCUGAUUCCUGAGCUGCCAAGCAGUCAUCCGAAUGAUCUCAAUAACUCUAAUUUUCCAAAUCUGAAAACAAUAAUGAUGAUUUCUAAGGAUAGAAAAACAGGAAUUCUGAAUUUCAAUGAUGCCCUGCAGUCAGGAAACAAGGAAAGCGACAGGAUUCUUUCUGAAAUCGAAAAAUCGAUACAAUUUGAUGAUCCUGCGAAUAUUCAAUAUACUUCGGGAACAACCGGCAGGCCUAAAGGAGUGGUACUGUCACAUCAUAACAUUGUUAAUAAUUGUGUGGUUUUGGGCAGAAGAAUGGGAUAUCACUUACAGAAACCUAUUAUCUGUUGCCAAGUUCCUUUAUUUCACUGCUUCGGUUGCGUGUUUGGUUCAACGGCCUCCGUUAUGUUUCGUGGAACUUGCAUUUUUCCAUCUGCUGGAUUUAAUGCUGUUGAAAGCUUGAAAAGUGUUGAGAAGAACAGAUGCACAGUUAUCUAUGGUACUCCAACCAUGCAUGUUGAUGGUAUUUAUAAUUUCAAAUUGCAGAAUUACGACGUCUCAUCACUAAAACAAGCUGUUGUUGGUGGAUCUCCAGCUGUUGAAAGUCUCAUAGAAGAACUGAAGGAAACAUUCGGCCUGUCUUAUAUAAAUAUAGCAUAUGGUUCCACAGAAAAUAGUCCAGCGGUCGCUGUUAAUGGAAUUGAUGAUGACUUUGAGAAGGCUGUCAAAGGCCUUUUGAAACCCCUAGAAUAUAUUGAACUCAAAAUAGUUGACAGAAAUGGCCGUUUAGUGCCAAUAAAUGCAGAGGGAGAACUCUGCGUUAGAGGCCACAAUUUGUUUCUUGGAUACUGGCAAGAUCCAGAAAAAACAGCUGAAGUUGUGGAAAAAACGAACUGGUAUCAUACUGGAGAUCUUACUGUAAUGGACGAAGAAGGAUGUAUAAAAAUUGUUGGAAGAAUAAAAGAUAUGAUUAUCCGAGGUGGUGAAAAUAUAUAUCCGAUGGAAAUUGAAAAUUUCUUAAACACUCAUCCGGCAAUAUUGGAAGUAAACGUUGUUGGUGUGCCCGACAAACGGAUGGGAGAAGAAGUCUGUGCCUGGAUAUCUGUGAAAAAAGACAUGAAUUUAACAGAAGAAGAAGUGAAAAACUUCUGCAGAGGAAAGAUAAGUCACUUCAAAAUACCACGCUACAUCAUGUUUGUAGAUGAUUUCCCCAAAACAACAUCUGGAAAAAUUAAGAAAUAUGAAAUGGUGAGAAUAUCAACGGAAAAGUUGAAACUGUGAUGUGCGUAAUUUUUAGUCCUUAUUUUGAAAUAGUAAGAAAUUUUGGAACUGCUGUAUCACUUACAGACAAUGAAUAUUUGUUUUAUUUAUAAAUUAAAUAAAUAUUUUUUAUAUAGUAUU